AAAACAUUGCAUACCGAGCUUCAAAGCUACAACUUCCUCAUUAAGUUUCUCAACGCCAAUCAUCCAUCCCGCGCCUCUCAAUCCCUCUAUUGCUGCACGCCAUCAUCUUCGCCUGCUCUCAGAAACCACCAAUUGAACAAAAUGUCCGCCCUCAAAUCCAUCCGCUCCAUCGCGCCCCUCCUCGACCGCAUCCUGGUGCAGCGCAUAAAGCCCGAGGCCAAGACCGCAGGCGGCAUCUUCCUGCCCGAGAGCGCGGUCAAGGAGCUCAACGAGGCGAAGGUGUUGGCUGUGGGGCCUGGCGCUCUGGAUAAGGAUGGAAAGAGGAUUACGCCGAGCGUGCAGCCGGGUGAUAAGGUGUUGAUUCCGCAGUUCGGCGGCAGCCCCAUCAAGGUCGGCGAGGAAGAAUACACCCUCUUCCGCGACCACGAACUCCUGGCCAAGAUCAACGAGUAGACGUCGCCUCUUCCACACCACUUUAUUAUAUACCAUCAUCGCCUUUCACAUCCUCCCUCCCAAUGUCCUAAUGCCCUAGUACCAUGUUUCUGAUCAUGUACUUCUACCCUGUACCACUACUAUCGACCUCGCCCUCUUGCGCUAGCGUUUGCUGUCGGCAUCUGGGAAAAUGCAUGUCCUCUGAAUCCGCGCAAGAUAAGCACUGCUGAAGGGAGCGUCAUCUUUCACUUCUACUGUACGUAGUUGGACCGAUUUACUACUGGGUGACGGUGAACCCGGGAUGUGCAAUAGUAAAGAAGAUCUCUGCUCCCUCUGAGAAGCUCCAUAUGGCCCAGUUCAUCUCCGCUC